AUGUCAUCAACUAAUAAUAGCCCAACAAAUGUCGGUAGUAAAGAAUCUAUAAAUAAUACUAGUAAUUUAUCAUCAAUAUCAAAUACAUCAAAUAUAUCAUAUGAUAAAUUAUUAUUACUCUGUUCAACAUGCCACCAAAAGAUUAACCAAGAUGUGAAAGAAUUAAAUGAAAAGGUAUUGCCGGGAUUCCAUGAUUUAAAAUAUUCAUUUACAUGUAAAUCAUGUAGUUCUUCAAAAAGUCCAAUUCUAUUUCACCUUGGUAAAUCUUGGAAAUGUGUAAUUCACACUGCAUUAUAUAAUAUGGAAAGACAAAGUAAUCAAAGAUUCUUUCACCAUUCUGACGUAACUAACUAUGUUACAAAAUAUCCAAAUGUUUUUUUACAUGAUAAAAGUUUAGCUGAUAUUUCAAAAGCUGUAUCGAUGGCUUUUUUCAAUAAUAAAAAUUAUUUUGUGUCAGGAGGUCCAUACACUGGAAAAUGGGCUAAUCCAAAACCAUCAGAUGUUGCUGAUUUAGAUGGCAUGGAAAAUAUUGAUUCUCCACCGUCAAACAUGAGUGACUAUAACCAUAAUAUUAUGAAUAAUAACAAUAACAACAACAAUAAUAAUAAUAAUAACCAUCACAGUAAUAAUAAUAAUAAUAAUAAUAAUGUUAGUAAUAUUAAUAAUCAUAGUAAUAAUCAUUAUAAUAAUAAUAUUAAUAAUAACAAUAGUAAUAACAUUCAUAACAACAAUAAUAAUAAUAAUAAUAAUAAUAAUGAUAAAGAUAAUAGAACCCAAUUAAUAAGUCCAAGUAGAUCUAGAUCAAGAAGUAGAUCAAGAUCAAGAUCGAGAAGUGGCAGUGCAUAUAGUGGUAUAAGUGGUAGAUCUAGAUCAAUUUCUUCUCCUAGCCAAAGUCCAAGAGGUAGAGGUAGGGGUAGAUCAAGAUCAAGAAGUGGUAGUAGAUCAAGAUCACUAUCAAAUAGUAGCCAAAGUAGAUCAAGAUCAAGAAGUGUUUCUUUAAAUAAUAAUAACAAUAAUAAUAAUAAUAAUAUUAAUAUUAAUAACAAUAACAUAAAUAAUAAUAAUAAUUAUCAAAAUAAUCGUGGCCGUGACCGUGAUCGUGAUCGUGACCGUGACCGUGAUCAUCAUAACCACCAUAAUCGUAAUAAUCAAAGAAAUAAUAAUAGUAAUAAUAAUAAUAAUAAUAUUAUGAGUAAUAAUAAUAAUAAUAAUAAUAAUAAUAAUAAUAAUAAUAAUAAUAAUAAUAAUAAUAAUAAUAGUAAUAAUAGUAAUAAUAAUAAUAAUAAUAAUAAUAAUAUUGGAUCACCAUCAAGAUCACCAUCACAUGAAUCAAAUAGUGAAUCUGAUAUUUCAGAUUCUGAAUCAUACUUAGUAAAGAAAUAUAUAAUAUGUUCAAUGUGUAAAGAAUGCUAUUCAUUUGAUCCAUCGUUUAAUCGAGUUGCACCUGGUCCAUUCGAUAAAAACUAUGACUUUAUCUGUAAAUAUUGUUGUAUUGAUGGUGCAAAUAAUAACAAUAACCAAAAUCCCGAUCAAUUACCAUUACCAACCACACCAACAUUAAAACAUCAUCCAAAAUCAUGGACUAAAAUGAUUCAUACUGCCAUUCAUAAUUUGGAGAUGGAGAAAAAAGUUAGAUUCCAUUCAAAGAAAGAUAUCUAUCAAUUCAUUUCUUCAAAUCCAAAGGACUUAAUGAUUGAUUCAAAACAAGAGAUUACCCCAGCAGUCGUUAACUAUAUCUUACAAUCUGGUAGAAGUUUAUUCAUAAAUUCUUUCAUUAAUCCACGUCUAUGGUGUAAUAGAAAGAAAUCUGAUAAGGUUGAAACUGAUCAACGUGGUAUUUUAUUAUUAACAAAAGAAAUUUCUAAAAAAAGAUCUUAUUCUGAAUUAGAAGAAUCAAAUAAUAUUAAUAAUAAUAAUAAUAAUAAUAGUAAUAACAAUAAUAAUAAUAUUAUUAAUAAUAAUAAUAAUAAUAAUAAUAAUAAUAAUAAUAAUAAUAAUAAUAACAGUGGUAAUAAUAGUAAUAAUAAUGAUAAUUUUAAUGAUAAUAAUAGUAAUAGUAAUAAUAAUAAUAGUAAUAAUAAUAAUAAUAAUAACAAUAAUAAUAAUAAUAAUAAUAAUUUAAAAGAAUUAAAACAACCAAAUUUAAAUAAUUUAAUUGUAAAUUCAUCAACAUCAGCAACAACAAUUAAUUUAAUAAAAUCAACUGGUAUUGUAAAUUCUGGAAAUGUUGCAAUUCAAAAUAUUAAAUUUACACCAUUGAUUUGUAAUGGUUGUAAGAAUGUAUUCCCAAAUGCUGCAUCUGAAUUAUUGGAUGAACAUCCUGGUAUGAUUAUUCCAAGUCAUAUAGAUAAACGUUAUACAUUCACAUGCUCAAAUUGUAGUGAUAAGAAGGUAAAUACUUUAAAUCAUUUACCAAAAUCCUGGAAAGUCAUUGUACAUACAACUCUUUAUAAUUUGGGUAUAAUUAGUGGUCAAAAGUUUUCUUCAAAUAAAACACUCUACUCUUUUAUCUCUGAUAAUUCAAAUACAUUGCUUUUGGGUGGUAAAACCAUCGAUUAUUUAAAUAAGAAUUUAUCUGGUGUACUCUCCUCCUAUAAGAAUCUUUUCUGUUCAAGUGGUAGAAAUAUGUGGGGUAAUGUUUCACAAUAUCAAGAAAAUGAUCCAAAAAAUAAAUCUUCUUCCUCUUCAAUGAUGCAUGAUCCAGAUGAUGAUGAUAGAAAUUCUGAUGAUGAAUAUGUUGGUUCAAUUUCAAAUCAUCAUCACCAUCAUCAAUCUUCAUCUUCAUCUUCAUCAUCAUCAUCUCAUAAAAAGAAAAAAUUAAAAACAAAUAAUUUAAAUAUUAAUAAUAAUAAUAACAACAACAAUGAUAAGAUGAUGAUUGAUGAUGCUGAAACUAUUUCAUCACAAAGUUCACCAAUUUCUUCUACAAAUGUUUUAAAUAAUUCAAGUUCAAAGAUUUUAUUAAAUUCAAAUAGUUUCAGUUCAAAAAGAAUUCAAGAUGAUGGUAUUAAUCUAUCAAGUUCUUCAAAUUCAAUAAAUAACAAUAGUUCUAAAAAAGAACAACCAACUUUACCAAUAAUUCAAAAUAAUUCAAAUAUUAAUAAUGGUAAUAAUAUUAAUAAUAGCGGUAAUACUAAUAAUAGUGUUAAUAAUAUGAAUAUUAACAAUACUAAUAGUAAUAAUAAUAAUAAUAAUAAUAAUAAUAAUAAUAAUAAUAAUAAUAAUAAUAAUAAUAAUAAUAAUAAUAAUAAUAAUAAUAAUAAUAAUAAUAAUAAUAAUAGUAUUAACACUGGUAAUAAUAAUAAUAAUAAUAAUAAUACCAAUAAUAAUAAUGUUAAUAAUAAUAGUAACAAUAAUAAUAAUACCAAUAAUAAUAAUAAUAAUAAUAAAAAGAAUUCAUUUUCAAUGAUUUCAUCAAAUAAUAAUAAUAAUAAUAAUAAUAAUAAUAGUAAUUCAAUAUUUUCAUCAAUACCAUCACCACCAUCAUUUAAAGGAAAUGGUAGUAGUACAUCAUCAAUUGAUUUAGUAAAUAAUAGUAAACAAAAUUAUAAAAAUCAACAAAAUGAAAAACAAGAGAAAGAGAGACUUGAGAAAUUAGAGAAACAACAACAUUUACAACAACAACAACAAAUUAAACAAUCGAGCCAACAACCAUUAUACGAUGAUGAUUUUGUUGAUGAAAAUAUUGAAAUCCUAUUUCAUGAUGAGAGAAUUCAAACAUUAGUAGGUUUCCAAAUUAUUAAUAUAAAGAGUGAUUUGAAAUCAUUGAGAAAAGAAAUUGAUGAUAUGGAAAUUCCAGAAUUAAAAGGUUUGGAAUUUAGAUUCAUGUUAAAAAAAAUUCCAAUUUCUUUGAAACAAGAAUCAAAUUAUAUUAUUAAAGAUUGUUUAUUCUCAAUGAAUGGUAGAAUUACAAUUGAAAUUAGAUCAAUCAUUCCAACAAUUGUUUCUGCUACUCCAACAAAUGCAACUCCAAUUAAUAAUAACGGUGGUGGCGGUGGUGUUAAUAGUGUAAAUUUAAUGUCACCUGCUCAAACUCCAAAGAACUUAUCUUUACAAUCUCCAACACCUUUCAAUAUUUCAUCGGUUCCUGAUUUAUCUGCACUUGCCAAUCAUCCAUUAUUGUUAUUAUUAUCACAAUUUGCAAACCCUUCAAAUUCAACAACUCCAAUUCAAUCAACACCAUCCCAACAAUCUCAAACUUUACCACCACCAACACAACAACAACAACAACAACAACAACAACAACAACAACAACAACAACAACAACAACAACAACCACAAGAACAACAACCACAAGAACAACAACCACAAGAACAACAACCACAAGAACAACCACAACAAACGCAAUCAAAUAAUGAAAAUAAACCAAAAAAAGUGACAUCUGAUUUAAAAGAACAUGAUGUACCUUCUUCAAGUUCAAAGUUAAAAAAUAUUCCAAUUUCACCAUCUGGUAAAGAACAAAUUGUAAAUAAUAACAAUAUUGAUGUCAAUAUGAAAAAUAAUAAUGUAACUGAUGAUGAUGAUGAAGAUGAUGAGGAUGAAUAUGAUGAAGAAUAUGAUCAAGUUCCAAAUAAAAAUAAUAAAGAAAAUAAAGAAACAUCACCAACAAUAAAAAAAGAAGAUAGAAAUCAUGAAUCAAAUUCCAAUUCUCAACCAAUUGGAAUUGCUAUUAAUUAA